AUGCCAGACAAUUAUCUUUCUGAUACUAGCGACGCCAAAACAGUGCAGGAUUCGGCUAGCAAGCGUCUCACUGUCACGUUAGAAGAUGUAGGCAUACAAGUCUCUGGUGAAGGUGAGAAUUUCGCUUCGACAUGUAUUUCGGUCAUUACGGGUAUCUUCCAACUUGGAAGAAAGAAAUCCCCGAAAAGGCAAAUCCUGCAGGGAAUUACCGGCCAAGUUUGUCCAGGACAAAUGCUGUUGGUCGUUGGACGGCCUGGUUCAGGUUGUACAUCUCUUCUCAAAGUGAUAUCAAAUCACCGCAGCGAGUUUAAUGAAGUUCAAGGCCUGCUUCAGUACGGCAAUGUUGGCCACGACACCGCAAAGGAAUUCCGUCACCACAUUGUCAUGAACACAGAAGACGAUGUGCAUUUUCCUACACUCAAGGUCGCUGAAACAAUGAGCUUCGCGAAUUCCACCAAGGUACCCAAGACGCGGCCACAACAUCUCACCACCAAAGCCUACGUGCAUCAGACCUCGACGGGGAUUCUCGAGUCACUUGGCAUUGGCCACGUCCAUGAUACAAUCGUCGGCAAUGAGUAUGUUCGAGGUGUGUCUGGUGGUGAGAGGAAGCGAGUCUCGGUUGCCGAGGUCAUGAGCACGCAAGCUCCCGUUCAAUGCUGGGACAACAGUACCCGAGGUCUCGACGCAUCCAACGCCCUUGACUUUGCCCGCGUCCUUCGAAAGCACGCAGACGAGCAGCAACGAACUAUCAUCGCGACCCUCUACCAAGCUGGUAAUAGCAUCUACGACCAAUUCGACAAAGUUCUCGUCCUAGCCGAGGGUCGUGAGAUCUACUAUGGGCCAUCGACCGAGGCACGACACUACUUCGAGACGAUGGGCUUCAGGUGUCCACCCGGAGCUAAUAUUGCGGAUUUCUUGACCUCUGUUACAGUAGAGACAGAGCGUGAAAUCAUCCCUGGAUACGAAACAACUGUUCCUCGGACAGCCCACGAUUUCGAGCAGCGAUACAAAGCGAGUGAGACGUUUCAUCGUAUGAAACAUUUGGCCAAGUCUCGAACAAAUGAAUCUCUUGCAGCUGAGGUUGACGGUCUUCGAGACACUGUUUCGAAAGAGAAGUCUCGUACUGUCGCAGCUCUAUCCAGAGCAACUAGUCCGUACUUGGACUCCUUCUUUCAACAGGUUUGGAUAUGUGCUAUCAGGUUUUCGAAUGGCCUUCAGCUAGCGUCAUCCUUGAUCAUGGCUCUUGUGACAGGCAGUUUGAUGUACAACCUCCCCGAAGACAGCACCUCCAUUUUCCGAAAACCUGGAGCCCUUUUCUAUCCUAUUCUACUUUGGGGCCUCAAUAAGAUGGCCGAGACGGCAGCAUCCUUCGAGGGCCGAGCUAUCCUCACCCGACACAAACGUCUUGCGUUCAACCGACCAGGUGCUUACGCUCUUGCUUCCGUUCUUACCGAUAUUCCUUUCGUUAUUUUCAUGUUCAGCUUGUUCAAUCUUAUCUACUAUUUCAUGGUAGGCUACCAACAUGACGCUGGCAAGUUCUUCACCAACUGGUUCAUCUACCUUGUUACGACUCUAUGCUUUACGUCUCUGUAUCGCACGAUUGGUGCAUGGUGCAAACAUUUUGGCCUGGCAGCUCAGAUCAGCGGUUGGAUCACCAUGGUCAUGAUGGUCUACGCUGGAUAUCUCAUUCCCACUACGAAGAUGCAUCCUUGGUUCCGCUGGAUCGCAUACAUCAAUCCCGCCAACUACGCUUUCUCAGCUGUUAUGGCUAGCGAGAUGGGAGACCUACAGCUGGCAUGUGUUGAGCCUCAGCUUGUGCCUUAUGGAUCAGGCUACGACGACAAUCGCUUCAGAAGCUGUACCGUGGUAGGAUCCAACGGCGAAACGAUUGAUGGCGCGUCAUACUUGAGCCUCCAAUACGGCAUUGCUCGUACUGAGAUCUGGAGGGAUGUUGGCAUCAUCAUCGCCUUCUGGGUGUUCUUCUCAAUUACCGCUGCUAUUGGCUUCGAAAUGAACCUCGCUUCAGGUGCAGGUUCCAUGAUCUUGUAUGAUCGUCGAAGUCAGGCAAAGGAAUUGGCUCUCAAGGACGACCCCGAACGCACCUCGGUACAGCCUUUACCUGAACAGAACGAUUAUAUCACCGCUGCUACAACCUUUACGUUCAAGAACAUCAACUACUUUGUCCAGCAUGAGGGUCAAGAGAAGCAACUAUUGCAGAACGUCUCUGGCUUCGUCAAGCCCGGUCAGCUAGUGGCCUUGAUAGGUUCCUCGGGUGCUGGCAAGACGACACUUAUGGAUGUAUUGGCUCAGCCCAAGGACUCUGGUCGCCUCGAAGGCAGCAUCAUGGCCUACUGUCGACUCCAUAGUAUUACAUUCCUGCGGACAACUACAUACGGCGAACAUAACAAUUCCUACCACUCUACUGCAACUAUACUCGAAAUCAUUCCUUCUCAACACGUUGUUUCUUUCUUGGUGGCUCCACAACUUCCAUGUCGGCGUCGUUUGCCGAGGAGUUGGGAUCCCACACCACUCCAGCUUCUUUAA